AUGCAACCAAUCACUCCAAUGGAUUGUACACCUGAACAUCAACCAAAAUUACAACCUUUUGAUGGAUCUCUUAUUACAGAACCACCAGUUAGAGCAAUUAUUGGUGGAAAAAAGAAAAUAGAAGAACCAACUGAAAUACCAAUUGAUAAGAAUUAUAAACCAUUGUUCAUUAAAAAAGUAGGAACCGUUGUAAAAAUUGUUGAAGGAAAAAGUUUAGUUCAAGGUGGUUAUGGAGUAAUUAAUAAUGGAACUAUUUUAUACUCACAAGAUAAAGAAUUUCUUGGUCAAGUAGAUGAUAUUUUUGGUCAAAUUACUGACCCUUUCUAUAUUUUUGAUGGAACUACUGACAUAGGACAAGACGUUUAUGUAGAAGAUGUUCAAAAGAAUUUUGUAAAUGUUGACGAAGUGAGUAGAAAAGGAACUGACCGUGAAGAAGGAGAUGGAGAACCACCUGAAUUUUCGGAUGAUGAAGAAGAACGAGAAUGGAAAGCAAAAAAUAAAUUACUUAGACAAGAACAAGCAAAGAGUAAAUCAACAGUUGAAAUGCCAAUGAUGGAAGAUAAUUAUUUUGAUUGA